AGUAGCCUUAGGCCGGCUGAGGUUGUGAGAGGGCGACGGGCGACGGCGGUGCAGCCAUGGGCUCGCCGCUGAGGUUCGACGGGCGCGUCGUGCUGGUCACCGGCGCGGGGGGAGGAUUGGGCCGAGCUUAUGCCCUGGCUUUUGCAGAAAGAGGAGCAUCAGUUAUUGUGAAUGAUUUAGGAGGGGACUUCAAGGGAGUUGGUAAAGGCUCCUUAGCAGCUGAUAAGGUGGUUGAAGAAAUAAGAAGAAAAGGUGGAAAAGCAGUGGCCAAUUAUGAUUCAGUGGAAGCAGGAGAGAAGAUUGUGAAGGCAGCACUGGAUGCUUUUGGAAGAAUAGAUGUUGUAGUCAACAAUGCUGGAAUUCUGAGGGACCGUUCUUUCAGUAGGAUAAGUGAUGAAGACUGGGAUAUAGUCCAUAGGGUUCAUUUAUGGGGCUCAUUUCAAGUGACCCGGGCAGCAUGGAAUCAUAUGAAGAAACAGAACUAUGGGAGGAUCAUUAUGACUACAUCGUCUGCAGGAAUAUAUGGUAACUUUGGCCAGGCAAAUUACAGUGCAGCAAAAUUGGGUCUUUUGGGCCUCUCAAACACUAUCGCAAUCGAAGGCAAGAAAAACAACAUCCAUUGCAACACUAUUGCCCCCACUGCCGGAUCCCGGUUGACUCAGACUGUUAUGCCAGAUGAUCUUGUUCAAGCCCUAAAGCCAGAAUAUGUGGCACCCCUGGUCCUUUGGCUUUGUCACGAUAGUUGUGAGGAAAAUGGUGGCUUAUUUGAGGUUGGAGCAGGAUGGAUUGGAAAAUUACGCUGGGAGCGGACCCUGGGAGCUAUUGUCAGACGAAAGAAUGAGCCAGUGACUCCUGAAACAGUGAAGGCUAACUGGAAGAAGAUCUGUGACUUCGAUAAUGCCAGCAAGCCGCAGAGUAUCCAAGAGUCAACUGGUGGUAUGGUUGAAAUUUUGCAUAAAAUAGAUUCAGAAGAAGUUUCAACAAAUCCUACCAGUCAUGCCACAUCUACAGCAUCGCCAGGAUAUGCUAGCGCUAUUGGGUAUAAGCUUCCUUCAUCUUUUUCCACUUAUACGGAACUGGACUGUAUUAUGUAUGCCCUUGGAGUGGGAGCAUCAGUGAAAGAUCCAAAAAAUUUGAGAUUUCUCUAUGAAGGAAGUCCUGAUUUCUCCUGUCUGCCUACUUUUGGAGUUAUUGUAGCUCAGAAGUCUGUAUUUGGUGGAGGAUUAGCAGACGUUCCUGGACUUUCAAUCAACUUUGCAAAGGUUCUUCAUGGGGAACAAUACUUGCAGAUAUAUAAACCAUUUCCUAGAGCAGGAAAAUUAAAAUGUGAAGCAGUUAUUGCUGAUAUCCUCGAUAAAGGAUCUGGCUUAGUAAUUGUUUUGGAUGUCUAUGCUUAUUCUGGGGAGGAACUUAUAUGCUACAAUCAGUUUUCCGUGUUUGUUGUUGGCUCUGGGGGCUUUGGUGGAAAACGUACAUCAGAAAAACUCAAGGUGGCUGUAGCCAUUCCAAGUAGACCCCCUGAUGCUGUAAUUACAGAUAAUACCUCACUUGAUCAGGCUGCUUUGUACCGCCUCAGUGGAGACUGGAACCCUUUGCAUAUUGACCCUAACUUUGCAAGCCUUGCAGGUUUUGAGAAGCCCAUAUUACAUGGAUUAUGUACCUUUGGGUUUUCUGCCAGGCAUGUUUUACAGCAGUUUGCAGAUAAUGAUGUGUCAAAGUUCAAGGCAAUUAAGGUUCGUUUUGCAAAACCAGUAUAUCCAGGGCAAACUCUAAAAACUGAGAUGUGGAAGGAAGGUAACAGAAUUCACUUUCAAACCAAGAUUCUAGAAACUGGAGAUAUUGUUAUUUCAAAUGCAUAUGUAGAUCUUGUACCACCAUCUGAUCUUUCAGCUAAGACACACCCUGAGGGAGGGGAACUACAAAGUACGCGUGUAUUUGAGGAAAUAAAUCGUAGGCUUAAGGAUAUCGGGCACAAGGAGGUGAAGAAAGUAAAUGCUGUAUUUGAAUGGCAUAUUACUAAAGGUGGAAAUACUGCAGCUAAGUGGACUAUUGAUCUGAAGAAUGGCUCUGGAAAAGUGUACCAAGGUCCUGCUGAAGGUUCUGCUGACACUUCCAUUUUAAUUUCAGAUGAAGAUUUCAUGGAAGUAGUCCUGGGCAAGCUUGACCCUCAGAAGGCAUUCUUCAGUGGCAGACUGAAGGCCAAAGGGAACAUCAUGCUGAGUCAGAAACUUCAGAUGAUUCUUAAAGACUAUGCCAAUCUCUGAAGGGUAUCUACACUGCUAGUGAAUAUAGAAUACUUAUGCUUGAAGAUUCUACAAAAGUGAUCAAAACUAAAAUAUAGAAGAAAUUGCAUAUG